AUGUCUAAAUCAAAGAGUUGCUUCGGUUACCCGCUGAGCAUCUUGUUCAUCGUGGUCAAUGAGUUCUGUGAAAGAUUUUCCUACUAUGGGAUGAGAGCAAUCCUGAUUCUGUACUUCACCAAUUUCAUCGGCUGGGAUGACAACCUGUCCACCGCCAUCUACCACACGUUCGUCGCUCUGUGCUACCUGACGCCCGUUCUCGGGGCGCUUAUCGCCGACUCCUGGCUGGGCAAGUUCAAGGCGCUGUCUGUGAUCGGCCUGGCCCUGAUCGCUCUGGGCACGGGAGGAAUUAAGCCCUGUGUGUCUGCAUUUGGUGGAGAUCAGUUUGAAGAGGGCCAGGAAAAACAAAGAAGCAGAUUUUUUUCCAUCUUUUAUUUGGCCAUUAAUGCUGGAAGUCUGAUUUCUACCAUCAUCACGCCCAUGCUCAGAGUUCAACAAUGUGGGAUUCACAGUCAACAAGCUUGUUACCCACUGGCAUUUGGGGUUCCUGCUGUCCUGAUGGCUGUAUCCCUGAUUGUAUUUGUCAUUGGCAGUGGAAUGUACAAGAAGUUCCAGCCACAGGGUAACAUCAUGGCUAAAGUGGUCAAGUGCAUUGGCUUUGCCAUCAAAAAUCGAUUUAGACAUCGGAGUAAGACAUACCCCAAGAGGGAGCACUGGCUGGACUGGGCUAGAGAGAAGUAUGAUGAGCGGCUCAUCUGUCAAAUUAAGAUGGUUACGAGGGUGAUGUUCCUGUACAUUCCACUCCCAAUGUUCUGGGCCUUGUUUGACCAGCAGGGCUCCCGAUGGACACUGCAAGCAACAACCAUGAACGGGAAAAUCGGAGCUAUAGAAAUUCAGCCGGAUCAGAUACAGACCGUGAAUGCCAUCUUGAUUGUUAUCAUGGUCCCCAUCUUUGAUGCUGUGUUGUAUCCUCUGAUUGCAAAAUGUGGUUUCAACUUCACCUCCUUAAGGAGGAUGACAGUUGGAAUGUUCCUGGCUUCCAUGGCCUUUGUGGUGGCUGCAAUUGUGCAGGUGGAAAUUGACGUGAGUUUUCCUCUGAUUCUCCACUAUCCUCUCCUGACAGAUGAAUUUAUGACUUUUGAUGUAGAGGAACUGACAAGUCUAAACAUUUCUUCUACUGGCUCACCAGUCACUGCCGUAACUCAGGACUUUAAGCAGGGCCAUCGCAACACCCUCCUCGUGUGGGCCCCCAGUCACUACCGUGUGGUAAAUGAUGGCCUUAACAAGAAGCCAGAUAAAGGAGAAAAUGGAAUCAGAUUUGUCAAUACCUUUAAUGACUCCAUCAACGUCACAAUGAGUGGGAAGGUGUAUGAAGAUGUCACCAGUUACAACGCCAGCGAGUACCAGUUUUUUCCUUCUGGUGUAAAAAGCUAUACAAUAAGCUCACCGGAGAUUUCACCGCAGUGUCCACGUGAUUUCACGACUUUCUACCUUGGAUUUGGCAGUGCUUACACCUUUGUGAUCAAAAGGAAGGACGAUGGCUGCCCUGAGGUGAAGGAGUUUGAGGAUAUUUCCCCCAACACAGUGAACAUGGCUCUGCAGAUCCCACAGUAUUUCCUCAUCACCUGUGGCGAGGUGGCCUUCUCUGUUACGGGAUUGGAGUUCUCGUAUUCUCAGGCUCCUUCCAACAUGAAGUCGGUGCUGCAAGCAGGAUGGCAGCUGACGGUGGCUAUUGGCAACAUCAUUGUGCUCAUCGUGGCAGGGGCAGGCCAGUUCACCAAACAGUGGGCUGAAUACAUUCUAUUUGCUGCAUUGCUUCUGGUCGUCUGUGUAAUAUUUGCCGUCAUGGCUCGAUUCUAUACUUACAUCAACCCAGCAGAGAUUGAAGCUCAAUUUGAUGAGGAUGAAAAGAAAAAGAACCUGGAAAAGAGUAACCCAUAUACGACAUUGGGGCCCAUGUCACAGACACAGAUGUGA